AUGCCAUCCUUUCCCACAAUUCUAUGUCUAUCUGUUGCUCUGACAAUUCUCGUAAGCCUUUUCUUCGUAGGACACCGGCCCAAGAACUACCCUCCAGGCCCGCCAACCCUACCCAUCAUCGGAAACAUUCACCAGAUGUCCUCCAGGAAUGUACACCUGAAGUUGGAGAAAUGGGCUCACGAAUAUGGUCCCGUAUACAGUCUCAUGCUCGGCACAAAGUGCUUGAUCGUGCUGUCAAGUGACGAGGCCGUGAAGGAGCUCUUGGAUCGACGGAGUAGUAUAUAUUCAGACAGACAGGAUAUGUACAUCGGUCAGACUCUUUGCAGUGGCGGCUUGAGAUUGUUGAUGAUGGGCUACGGACCAACAUGGCGUAAGUUCCGGAAAAUGGUCCAUGGUCUUUUGAAUGUGACCGCAUCUAGACACUACGUGCCAUAUCAGAUGCUGGAGAAUAAGCAAAUGCUCUAUGAAUUCCUCACUCAGCCGGAUGGAUUUCUAAAACACAUUCGCCGCUACUCGAAUGCUCUGACUACAACCAUGGUCUUCGGCUGGAGGACCCCAACGCAUGAGGAUGACAAGAUGAAGCAACUCUUCGACGGUUUCUCUGAGUUUGCGAAUAUUAACCAGACCGGCACGGCAGCAUUGAUCGACUUUUUCCCCUGGCUGAGACGGCUACCUGAUUUCCUUCUGCCUACCCAGAAAAAGGCCAAGCAGCUCCAUAAAGAGGAGAAGGCCCUUUAUCUGGGCCAUUGGCUACGGGCUAAAGAAGAUAUUCGAAAGAAUACAAUAAAGCCGUGUUUCUGUGUUGGUAUGUUCGAAGCGCAGAAACAGGAAGGGUUUAGCGAUGACCAAGCAGCGUAUAUCUCUGGUACUCUCCUCGAGGCAGGAUCUGAUACAACCUCCAGCACAUUAUACGCAUUUGUGCAGGCGAUGCUCCUGUUUCCACAGGUUCAACGCAAGGCUCAGGCAGAGGUCGAUCGUGUUACUGGUCCAGAUCGGCUACCCAUCAUGGAAGACCUUGCCAAUCUGCAAUACAUUCGCGCAUGCAUGAAGGAGACUCUUCGAUGGAUGCCGACCACCAUCCUGGGCGCUGUACCACACGCCGUGACACAAGAUGAUGAAUACAUGGGUUUCUUCAUUCCCAAGGGAGCAGGUGUCGUGAACAAUGUCUGGGCCAUCCACAUGGAUGCUAAACGGUAUCCAAAGCCGCGGAAGUUCGACCCAGAUAGGUACAAGGAUGAUUGCCAGAGCUUCGGCGACGCCGCUGCUAAUCCGGACGCUACGAAACGGGAUACAUUUACCUUUGGCGCCGGACGCCGCAUCUGUCCAGGAAUCCACGUCGCUGAGAGAAGCCUCUUCCUCGGUAUGUCGCGGAUCCUGUGGGCGUUCAACAUCGAACCGGCCUUGGACAGGAUAGGCAAACCGAUUUUACCGGACCCGGACCGUUUGACGCAGGGAUUUGUGUGUAUGCCGGAGGAGUUCCCCGCGAUGAUUAAGCCGAGGUCAAAAGAGAGAGCUGAUCUGGUGAUCAAGGAGUGGAAGGAUGCGGAAAGGGUGUGUCUUGACCCGGAGACGAAACAGUGGUUGCAGUCACCGGUUGAAUCAGUCCGUGGCUUGAAGGGUGAGUGA